AUGCCCACCAGACACAUCCUCGCACGCGCAGCGCGUCGUGCAGCCACCCCCAUCGCCGUCCGUCCACUCGCCCUUUCCGCAGCCUCGCUCCGUGCUUCUGCACUCGGAUCGGCGUCCGCGUCCGCGUCAUCGUCCAUCACCUCCGUCAACUCUACACCUUCGCGCACACGGCGAUGCCUGCACACCACCGUCCAGGAGAAUGAGGAAGGAGCCCAGUCGGCGGCGGAGAUGAAGGUCAAGAAGGCAGAGGCUGCGGCGUCUUUCCAAGACCCCUACACUCGAUACACCUACCUCGUCAACACUGGCGUGCUGCGGCCCGACGAGCACCAGAAGGGUAUCAUCAAGAAGCUGAAUCGACUGUACGACGACCUGGUGGACUAUGACCCCGGAACAAUCCCCCCAAUCGAGUCUGUCGAGCCCAGCUUUUUUGGCAAAUUCUUCACCAAAACGACGACCGACUACAAGCCCACCGUGGCCCGCGACGACGUCCCAAAGGGCCUGUACCUGUACGGCUCGGUGGGCACCGGCAAGACCAUGCUGAUGGACCUGUUCCAUUCGACUUUACCCCGCCAGUUUGGACCUGGAUCCAAGUACGGCUCGAAGCGUAUCCACUUCCACUCGUUCAUGAUCGAGGUGCUUCAGAGGCAACACAAGCUCAAGGCACAGUACGCCGCCGAGGGAGACGAGAAGCGCGACGUCAUGCCAGAGGUGGCAAGGAGUAUCGCCGAGGACGGCCGCGUGCUGUGUUUUGACGAGUUCCAAGUCACCGAUAUCGUGACGGCCAUGCUGCUCCGCAGUCUCCUGGAGCGCCUGACUGACUUUGGUGUCGUCAUUGUCAUCACGUCCAACCGUCACCCGGAUGACCUGUACAUCAACGGCAUCCAGCGCGAGAGCUUCAUCCCCGCCAUCGACCUCAUCAAGGAGACUUUCCAGGUCGUCGACCUCGACUCGGGUACCGACUACCGCAAGAUCCCCCGCACGCUCACAAAGGUCUACUAUUCCCCGCUCAACGAGGAGACGUCGACGGAGAUGGACAAGCUCUUCCACGGCCUGGCGUCUGCCGACCCCGACCCGGAAAUCAAGCUUGGCCGCAAACUUCCCCUGUGGGGCCGUGAACUGACCGUCCCCGAAUCGAGUGGCCAUGUGGCCCGCUUUUCGUUUGACGACCUGUGCAACCACCCGCUGUCCGCCGCCGACUACCUUGAGAUUACUGGCACGUUCCCGACCGUCUUUGUCGAGGACGUGCCCAAGCUCACUCUGAGCGAGCGUGACCAGGCGCGCAGGUUUAUCACGUUUAUCGAUGCAUGCUACGAGAACAAGACCAAACUCUUCAUCUCGUCCGCCAAGCCCAUCUACUCGAUCUUCUCGGACGAGGGCGGCUCGGCAUUCGACGACGACCAGAUCAAGCACAUGUCCGACCUGGGCAUCAACACGGAUGUCGUCGGGUCCAGCUCGUUGUUUAGCGGCGACGAAGAGCUGUUUGCGUUUGCGCGCUGUGUGUCGCGCCUCACGCAGAUGGCAACAAAGGAGUGGGCAGACGAGAACGCCCUGGCGCACCGCGACUCGACGCCCAAGGACGUCUAG